UUACGUUUUACUUGAACGUGGCGGUACCAAUCUCACAAAAUUUCGCAUUUACAACAUCUUGCGUUGCUUGAAAAGUUACACAUUUUUUUACGGCAGCAAGUACUGAAUGGCUGAAUUAAAUGACAUCUACACUUUCGAUUGAUCUUAUGUAUCAAUGUAAAUAGACAGAAAAGACAUUCGACACGAGAUCGCAUUGCUGCUAUGACUUGCAAGUGGAAUGGAUUAUUUAACGUUGGGGAGGACUUCAAUGAUGAGGUGCUGCAAACUGAUUUACACAGUCAGUGAUUACCACCUGCUGAUAUGAUAGUUAUGACAGAUUAUAGCCCUCUGUAUAAAUUCUCACAUUGACAUCACAAGCAAUGUAGAGUACUGUUGUGAAACUAUUUAGUCUGAACACCUCUGGCUUUCUUGUGUGUGUGUGUGUGUGUGUGUGUGUGUGUGUGUGUGUGUGUUAGGAUCUACUUGAGAUGGACUGGUCUGCUCCAUCAGUGUCUGCUAGCACAGUGUCCUCUGCAGCACAGUCCUGUUUCCUCCGUUCAACUGCAGCAUCAACUCCUGCUGCCCCCUAUGGUCAGAAUAACUCACAUCAACCAUCCACAGAAGGCAUACUUGCCCAUAGGGGCCUGUCGAAUGGCCCAGGGUCAGAGAAUUCAACACCGAACAGUGUAGGGCAGUCUCCUACUUUGGGUUUGAGACAGCUCUCUACAUCUAAACCAUUGCCCUCAUUCCCUCUUCCCCCUCGCCACCUUCCUACACUGAGUAGGGGACUGUGUACAGUUACCCAACAGAGCUCCUCACCAGCUCAACAGAUGAAGUCAAACACAACAGGACAACAAGAGGCCCCCUCGCCGCAGGAUGACUUUGAUGAUUGGGAUGUUGACCUGGCAGACCUAGAUGAAAGUGACCCACAGAUGAGGACUUGGGCUCAGGUCCGAGAAACUGCUCCAGCUGCAGAUCUAACCAAGCCCAGCGAUGACUCUGUAUCCCCAGCCAAAAGACUACGGCCCACAGCCUGUGGUGGUGCUCAAACAGGGCCCAAUGUGGGUCUGAGAGGAUUCAGUACCUCUAACCAAAUGUCUGGUCUUCCCAGUAGUAGUAGUAUACUCCACAGGUCCUCAUUCCCUGGUCCCUUCCCCUCUCCCCGCCCUGAUCCUAGUGGUACUUUCCUCCUAGCUCCACCCCAGAGCCCAGUGUUUCCUGGCCUCACCAUGGCCUCCUGCCCCUUCCCCAGGCCUGUGACCCCCAGGCCAGUCAAAGGGCUUCCUUCCCAGGUACAGAGGCCCUGGGCUACACCUCUGGCUCAGGGACGCAGCCUUUUUGACCCCAUCUCCCCAGCCCCCUCUAGUAGGUUUGGUGGACCCAUUUCUUCCCCCAGUCUCACCCCCCGUUCCCUCCACACGCCCGUCUUCACUAACCACUUGAUUCAGCUGGUGUCCAACUCCAACAAGACCCCCCAGAGACCGGGUUCUGACCACAUCCGUCCCAAUACCCGCCGCUUCCCCGGGCCUGCAGGAAUCCUACCACAACAGCUCCAUGGGCAGAGCCUGGAUGACAUCGUGGUGGCCAUUCCUCAGACACCUGCACAUGGGGCCGUGGCUCGACUGCCCAGUCAGGUUCCCAGCUCUCAGACUGAGGAAGAGGAUUUCAGUGGAGGUCCGUGGGCAGCGAUGAAGGCAGAGAUGGGAUUGGACGAAAGGAACUCCUCCUGUUUUCUGCACUCUUACAGCGUGGCCAUGGUACUCCGCAAGGCGGCCCUGAAACAGCUGGUGAAGAACAAGGUCCCCAACAUGGCUGUGGUACUAAAGAGCAUCCUCCACACACACGCUGAUGCCAAGGCUGUGUUCAGGGAUCGCACAGGAGAGAUGCAGGGCACAGUGCACCGGCGCCUCCUAGAGGACAGACUGGGGGAGCUCAAGACGGGGGUGGUACUGCUGCUCAAACAGGUAGGUGUGUUCUCUCCAUCCCACCGUAACCACUACCUGAACGUGACACCCAACAACCUCCUGAGGAUCUACCCUCCUGACGGCUCGACCCCGUCCUCCACACAGAGCCAGCUGCUCCCACUCCCCCCGGAGCCAAUGUUGGAAUCAUCUGAUCACUCCUCCAGUGUCCCAGGAGCCCCUGUGUCUCAGAUGGAGUUGUUCUAUGAUAAUGAUGAUGAAGAGGAUGUUCGGGCCCCACAGGUCACUGCAGACUCUGGUGCUGGCUCCUCUAGUGUUCCACAGGGCCCGCCUGCUGCACCACUGGACCUGUCCUGGGACGCAGAUGACCUUGAUGAGCUUCUAGGGGAGUUGCCUGUUGAGUCCUACUGCCUCUGACACCUGCCCACCUACCCCUUACGGACAAGGUACAUUUAUACAGGGGAGAUGUAGGACAUCUAAGCUGUCACUUACAUGUGGUUUUGAGUUUGGCGCAUUCUGACCGCACGUUGGAUGCCUUUCUACCUGAUUCCCCUGGAGAAUCUUGUCGCCUGAAGUGCUAUCAUUUUGUGUUUGGUGUGCUGUGACCAUUAAUCGCACCAUUAUAAAUUGCAUGUCGGCCGUGUGGGGGGAAAAACUCUGAGAUGUUGGGAACUGGGACUGUCGCUCCCGCGUCUCCCCAAUUUGAAUGAAGCUUCACUACCCAUACUGCUACGGGUACAUCCCAUACUGCUACGGGUACAUCCCAUACUGCUACGGGUACAUCCCAUACUGCUACGGGUACAUCCCAUUACUGCUACGGGUACAUCCCAUACUGCUACGGGUACAUCCCAUACUGCUACGGGUACAUCCCAUACUGCUACGGGUACAUCCCAUACUGCUACGGGUACAUCCCAUACUGCUACGGGUACAUCCCAUACUGCUACGGGUACAUACCAUACUGCUACGGGUACAUCCCAUACUGCUACGGGUACAUCCCAUACUGCUACGGGUACAUCCCAUACUGCUACGGGUACAUCCCAUACUGCUACGGGUACAUCCCAUACUGCUACGGGUACAUCCCAUACUGCUACGGGUACAUCCCAUAGACAGUCAUUCCCCUGUUUGAAGACCUGCUGGAUGAUGUUUUGUAUAUUUUUUUCUUCACAAUGCAGUCUUCUCUAAAUCAUAGCUAACUACUGUAUGUGCACAUAAUGUCUUGUAAAACAUGUAUAUAUUAAAGAAGACUUCUGUUCAAUAAUACACAA